GGAACAAUCCAAAUGACAGCCCUGCCUUAGUUUAAAGCUAGGUUCUCUUUUCUGCUUAUUAUGGAUCUUUGAUAAGAAAUACAAUUGCUGAGAAGUCUGUUUUGCUUGCUGUUUGCUACGAGCAUUGUGAGGCCUUUCCUGAAUGUAACCCGCUGUGUAGUAGAAUGGGUUGUAAACCUUCCUAAAUGUAGUCUGAUAUGUAAUGGAAUGAGUGAUUGUACAUAAACUAACCGGCAUUUCUCGCUUCUGUAAACCUGCUUGCUUAGCACAUUCCUCACCUACCCUCCCCUCUUCCCCCUUCCCCCUUCUUCCUCCCGCCACAAGUAACGGACAAAGCCUUCCCGCCAAAGGACAGACAAAGGACGCCCAAUCAGAGAACAACAAAUGUCCUUACUUUAAAAUCAACUAAUCAGGCCCCUCAUAAUUUGAAACCUCCCCUGUGCUAUUUGUCUCUGUCUAUAAAAACGCUGUACCAACCCUGAUCGAGGCCUCUUAGCAUCACCGGCGACGAGUGUGCAGAGGACCAGGUUCGAACCUGCAAUAAACGACCCUUGCCGCUUGGCUUUGACUUACGACUCUGGUGGACUUUUGUGGGAGGUUUCGGAACUUCGGGCAUUACAUUUGGAGGUCCCACCGAGAUCUCCCCCGAGCCCACCAGACUUCUGGUCAACGGGUCGUAUCUGAUUCCGAUCGGUAAGUAAGCCGGCUCUAAAGUUCUUCCUUUUCUCUCUGAUCUGUGUUUCUUCUCUAGAGAACCGGUUCUGUCUGGAAGCUGGUGUGACCCUGGCGGACGCGCUAUAGGGCACCCGGCCGGGGUCAGUUGGAGACGUCCACUGACAUCUGGGGGCCUUCUUGGCCCAUCUGGGGCCUUCUUGGUCCAUCUGGGGACCUUCUUGGUCCAUCGGGGGGCCUUUUUGGCCCAUCAGGAUUUUUUUCUGUGGGCUGCUUACGCCCAACGCGCCUGCGAACUAAAUACUUUCAUUUUCUCUAUGAACUUCCAGAGUGCUAAGAAAUAUCUCUAGGCGUCUAAAAGAAAGAAAAAAAAAACAUCUAGGCAUGCCAAUUGUUACCGGUAUUUUGAUGUGAUGUGUGUCUGUGUGUCUGUCUGUUCAAUCGACUGGAAUGAUUGUUGGGAGUCAGGGGCACGCGCCUGACUUACCCUAUGUGUAGUCCCACGGCAUAAGCUACGGGAUUCGAGUGGGUUCUAACCCGACUUCCGCGGUGAUCCUCAUACGGCUUAAGGCGGUCAAAAUUUAUUUUGAUCCAAGCAGGGGGUUUAUACCUGCCCGCCCAUGCUAAGAGGCACCUAAGUUCCCGCGAGGGACGCGGACGGGCGAGUACGCGAGUGCUUCUGUCAGUCUAAAUGUAUUGUCACCCCUGGGCCCUUGUAAUUACCGCUGUCCUAGCCAUAACCCUUUCUGUUGGGCUGGCCCAGACGGCACCAGAAAGUUGGAACCGCUGCGAAAGAUUCUUGUUAGUUCUUGUUUUUCUUUCAUGGGUCGGAUGUUUUAUUGGAAUUAAGUGUUUUCUCGGCUGAUCAGAAUUAAUUAUUCCAUCCUUUUUCCUCUCUCCUCCUUCCUCAGCUCCCUGCGGCUUUCCCUCCCGCCCCCUGGCCAGCAGCGCCCCCUCCCCCACGUCCGUGCUGCCCGCGCCCCCUUCUCUUCUCCUCUUCCUCAGAAUCAUAACAUGGGCCAAACGCAGAGCACCCCUCUCUCCCUCCUUCUCGCCAACUUCAGGGACGUAAAGGCUAGAGGACACAACUUAAGCCUAGACAUUCGCAAAAGGAAGUUGAUCACCUAUUGCCGCUCUGAAUGGCCCACCUUUGGGGUCAAUUGGCCUACAGAGGGAACCUUCUGCCUCCCUGUGGUUCUUAAAGUAAAAUCAAAAAUUUUCCUACCAGGGAAAGAAGGUCACUCGGAUCAGAUUCCCUAUAUUCUGGUGUGGCAAGAUUUAGUAGAAAACCCACCUCCCUGGAUGGCCUCUUUCUUAACAACAGGGCCAUGCAAAAUUCUAGCGGCUAAACCCAUCAACCCUCCCAAGCCGCCAACUCCAACUGCACCCCCUGUUCUCCCCGACAGCCAAGAUUUACUUUCCCUUGACCCUCCCCCUUACCAGGUUCCUCCUCUUAUUCCGCAAGCUGCCCCUAUCCCUGCUGCGCUGGCAGAGCCUCCCGUAGCCCAGCCCAUAGGAGAACUAGAGAAUAGGGAGGCUCAACCCGCGCCAUGCCUAGUAGGAGCGAAGUCCAAAGGCCGGCUGGACGUACCCGUAGGCGGGCCCCUCAUGAGCCAGGACUCCGCCUUCCUGACUCCACCGUAGCUUUACCCUUACGGGAAAUAGGGCCUCCUGAUGGUACAGGGAACCCCCGACUUCAAUACUGGCCCUUCUCUACCAGUGACCUAUAUAACUGGAAAACCCAGAAUGCCCGAUUCUUUGACAACCCUAAAGAUUUAAUAAGUCUCUUAGACAGCGUUAUGUUUACCCAUCAACCCACCUGGGAUGAUUGUCAGCAGCUCCUCCGAAUCCUGUUCACCACCGAGGAGCGAGAAAGAAUUCAAUUGGAAGCAAGAAAGCUGGUUCCUGGAGAUGACGGCCAACCCACUGCUAACCUUGAUCUCAUUAAUGCAGCUUUUCCCUUGACCCGACCCCCACAGGAUGGCUGGGACUACAACACGGCAGAAGGUAGGGGACGGCUGCGCAUUUAUCGCCAGACUCUAAUGGCGGGUCUCCGGGCUGCUGCACGCAAGCCCACUAAUUUGGCAAAAGUGUAUUCAGUAAUACAAGGUAAGACAGAGAGCCCUGCCGCUUAUUUAGAAAGAUUAAUGGAAACCUUCAGACAGUAUACCCCCAUGAACCCCGAGGCCCCCGAAAAUCAAGCUGCUGUCGUAAUGGCCUUUGUAAAUCAGGCAGCCACUGAUAUUAAAAAGAAACUCCAGAAACUAGAGGACCUGGAGGGAAAACAGAUUCAGGACUUACUCCGCAUUGCCCAGCGUGUCUAUAAUAAUAGAGAGACUCCAGAGGACAGGCAACUUAAAGCCACCGAGGAAAUGACCAAAGUCCUGGCCACUGUUGUCCAAAAGCCCCUGGGUAAACAAAAGCCCCUAGAUAAGGACCAAUGUGCCUAUUGCAAAGAAAAAGGCCAUUGGGCCCGAGAAUGCCCUAAAAAGAAAAAGCCACGUCAUGAUCAAAAACCGUGGCAGCCAAAAACCACACCCGCCCUCUUCACUCAAGAUGCAGAAUAGGGGAGACGGGGUUCGGAUCCCCUCCCCGAACCUAGGGUAACGCUACAAGUGGAGGGGAACCCAGUUCAAUUCCUAGUCGACACAGGGGCACAACAUUCGGUCUUGAUCAGACCCCAUGGAAAAAUUUCUGAAAAAUCUUCCUGGGUCCAAGGGGCUACCGGGAUAAAAAAAUAUCCCUGGACCACCCAGAGGACUGUGGACCUAGGAAAUGGAAAGGUCACCCAUUCCUUCCUAGUCAUCCCCGACAGCCCAUGCCCCUUAUUAGGAAGAGACUUACUCACUAAAAUGGGGGCCGAGAUUCAUUUUACGCCAGGGGGCCCCCAAGUGACUGGCCCUCACAACCAACCCAUUACCAUACUUACUCUAAGAUUAGAAGAUGAAUAUCGACUCCAUCAGGGGCCACCCUCACAAAGUCAAAACAUAGAGCCCUGGCUCCAGCAGUUUCCAGAAGCAUGGGCUGAAACCAGGGGUAUGGGGUUGGCUAAACAUCGCCCAGCUCUAUUCAUAGAGCUGAAACCGGGGGCAGAUCCAGUUCGGGUCCGACAAUACCCGAUGUCAAUGGAGGCCAGAAAUGGCAUCACGCCACAUAUCCGUUGCCUCCUAGACUUAGGCAUCUUGUGUCCCUGCCAUUCAGCCUGGAACACCCCCCUGCUGCCUGUACGAAAACCUAACAGUGCGGACUACCGUCCGGUACAAGAUCUGAGAGAAGUUAACCGCCGAGUCAUGGACAUACACCCAACAGUACCCAACCCCUAUACCCUCCUAAAUGCCCUCAGCCCAGAAAGACAAUGGUAUACUGUCCUUGAUUUAAAAGAUGCUUUUUUCAGCCUGCCUCUGGCCCCCAAAAGCCAAGAGCUCUUCGCCUUUGAGUGGUCCGACCCUGAGAGAGGCAUAAAUGGACAACUCACCUGGACCCGGCUCCCCCAAGGAUUUAAAAACUCACCCACCUUGUUCGAUGAGGCACUUCACGAGGAUCUGGGUGAGUACCGGAAUCAAAACCCCGAAGUGACUCUCUUGCAGUACGUUGACGAUCUUUUAAUCGCCACUGAGACUGCUGAAGCUUGCUUGCAAGGCACCAAAAACCUCCUCCGGACACUUGGUGCCCUGGGGUACCGGGCUUCAGCAAAGAAAGCCCAAAUUUGCAGAUCCGAGGUAACCUACUUGGGGUAUCUGUUAAGAGAGGGCCAACGAUGGCUCACUGAUGCACGGAAGGAAACCGUCCUCCGCAUCCCCCGACCCACAACGCGAAGGCAGGUAAGAGAAUUCCUGGGAUCGGCCGGGUUCUGCCGCUUGUGGAUACCUCGGUUCGCCGAGAUGGCUAAGCCUCUUUACCUGGUCACCCGGGAACAGGUGCCCUUUGAAUGGACAGAGGAAACUGAGCAGGCUUUCCAGCAAAUUAAACUCGCCCUGUUGUCGGCACCAGCCUUAGGGCUCCCCGAUGUCUCCAAACCCUUUCAUCUCUUCGUAGAUGAAAAUAAAGGGGUAGCCAAAGCAGUGCUGACGCAACUCCUUGGCCCAUGGCCCAGGCCCGUCGCCUAUCUUUCAAAAAGACUGGACCCAGUAGCGGCUGGCUGGCCCCCUUGCCUCCGUAUGAUCGCUGCUACAGCUCUAAUGGUAAAGGAUGCUGAUAAGUUAACUAUGGGACAAGAGUUACAUGUUACAACCCCCCAUGCCAUCGAGGGAGUCCUCAAACAACCUCCUGACCGAUGGAUAAGUAACGCCCGACUGGUUCACUACCAGGGACUAUUAUUAAAUCCCCUCAGAAUCAUUUAUGCUCCCCCCCGAACACUAAACCCUGCCUCCCUGUUACCAGACCCGGACUUGGAUACCCCCCUCCAUGACUGCGCUGAGAUAUUGGCACAGGUUCAUGGAGUUCGGGAAGAUUUACAGGAUCACCCGCUACCAGAUGCUGAAAUUACCUGGUUCACUGACGGCAGCAGCUUUGUACAUCAGGGUCAAAGGUAUGCAGGGGCAGUAGUCACAACUGAAACUGAGACUGCUUGGGCAGAGCCUUUGCCAGCUGGCACCUCUGCCCAAUGGGCUGAACUUGUGGCCUUAACCAAGGCACUGACUUUGGGAAAAGACAAGAGACUAAACGUGUAUACCGAUAGCAGAUAUGCUUUUGCUAUGGCCCACAUACAUGGAGCUAUAUACAGAGAGAAGGGACUGUUAACUGCAGAGGGGAAAACUAUCAAAAACAAAGAAGAAAUAUUGGCUCUUUUAAAGGCACUCUGGCUGCCUAAACGACUAGCCAUCAUACAUUGCCCAGGCCACCAAAAACCGGUCACACCGGUGCCCAGAGGAAAUAAUUUGGCUGACCAGGUGGCCCGAGAGGUGGCCUUACAGGUGGACUGUGCUUUAAUGACCACCCUACCAGACCCCGGUUCAGCUAGUUUACCAGAAAGUCCCACCUACACUAAAGAAGACCUAAACUGGAUCCAAAAAUUGCCUAUGACUCAGUGCCUUAACGGAUGGUGGAGAGCAGCAGACUGUAGCAUAAUCCUCCCAGAAGAAAUGGGAAAUAAAGUCUUAUCCAAGAUGCACCGAGCCACUCAUAUGGGCACAAGAAAAAUGCAAGACUUAAUAAGACAUGCUAGGAUCACCAUUAAAGACUCUAGGACAAAAAUUGAACAGAUAGUUACUAGCUGUAAAGCUUGCCAACUAACUAACGCCUCCAACCACAGGAAAAACCCUGGCUCCAGAACCCGCGGAACCAGGCCGGGAGCCUAUUGGGAAGUAGACUUCACCGAGGUAAAGCCUGGAAAAUAUGGAUACAAAUAUUUGUUAGUGUUUAUAGAUACCUUUUCAGGAUGGACAGAGGCCUUCCCCACCAAGCAUGAGACUGCGCAGGUAGUAGCAAAGAAAAUGUUGGAAGACAUCAUGCCCAGGUACGGAUUCCCUACCCUAAUAGGAUCAGACAACGGACCAGCAUUCGUUUCAAAGGUAAUACAAGGGAUAGCGCAGUUUAUUGGGGCCGAUUGGAAACUACAUUGUGCAUAUAGACCCCAAAGCUCAGGACAGGUAGAAAGAAUGAAUAGAACCCUAAAAGAGACCCUAACCAAAUUGACCAUGGAGACUGGCGCUAACUGGGUAGUCUUACUCCCCUACGCUCUGUUCAGGGUGCGGAACUCCCCUUACAAACUGGGAUUAACCCCCUUUGAAAUCAUGUAUGGAGUGCCCCCCCCAUAAUUCCCAACCUACAGUCUAGUGUUAACUGAAUUUGAUGAUCAUAAACUUCUUAUUUCCCUGAGGGAACUCCAGCACACCCACCAGGAAGUUUGGCCCAGAUUGAGAGCCAUUUAUGAGAACGGGCCCCCUCCUGAGCCGCAUCACUACCGACCCGGAGAUUGGGUAUACGUGCGGAGACACAAGCAAGAGACCCUCCAACCACAGUGGAAGGGACCCUACAUUGUGAUCCUAACCACACCCACUGCUCUCAAAGUCGAUGGGAUUGCUACCUGGAUCCAUUACACCCACGCCCGACCAGCUGAUCCCUUUGCGGUUCGAGAAGACUUCGUGCUGGAAGCCAACACCGCCUGGACGGUUGACCAAAGUAAGACCCACCCUUUAAAAUUGACUCUGCGUCGAAAACCUGACCCCGAAAACCGGCUGAGACCAAAGGCCUGGGUGUCCCAUACCAAGACUGUUGCAGCAGCUCCGGACCCACCAUGAUUGGAGGAACACUCAUUAGCGUGCUCCUGCUCACCUCCUACGGACUGAUAAGUAUUGCGAGCAACCCCCAUAUACCCUAUACUUUAACUUGGGAGGUUUCUAAUUUAGAAACCCAGGAAGUCUAUAAUACUACCACAGCAGACGAUACUCCCCUAAAUGCCUGGUGGCCUGAUCUAUAUUUUAACCUAGAGGACGUAGCCGUAACCAUGGGGGUACUUCCCCCCAAUGGAAGCCGCCAGCGUCCUAAUCCGUCAUGGACCGGAACCCCAGAAAAUGAAAAAGAGCGCAUAAGAUCUAGUGGGUUUUAUGCAUGUCCCGGGUUCAGAACAGGAGCAAUGAAAAAAACCUGUGGAGGAAUCGAAUCCCUCUACUGUAAGGCUUGGAGUUGUGUCACUACCAAUGAUGGAAGCUGGAAAUGGGAGGUAAAACCCCAUUAUAUUGACAUGAAAUUUGCCAGCCCCUGUC